GCAAAGACCUGUUUUUGGGGUCGGUCCGUCUCCACGACGAUGAACUGUUGGCCAACUCGGUUUCAGUUACCGUUCGAAGCUCAACAGCAGCGGCAGGCGGCACCACGUUAAGUUACCAAACUCAAGACGAGACUCUGACAUAGACAUGGCCAUGAAGCAGUUGAUGAUCGUUUUGGUCGUAUGCGCUUUGAGCGCCACCAGAGUGGCCAGCGAUGUGGCUCACCUGGUCAACAGCCAGCAGCAUCUGGAGACGCACAGUCCGGCCAAUCCGUAUGUGUUCAGCUAUCAGGCUGGACGGGCGCCCGGCCAUGUCGAUCGCCAGCAUACGGAAGUCUCCGAUGGUUCGGGUGUCAUCCGUGGCGCCUUCUCCUACGUCGAUCCCAAGAACCAGGUGCGCACCGUCCAGUAUGUGGCCGAUGAGAACGGCUUCCAUCCGCAGUUGAGCCACCAGCUGGAGGACAGUGCCGCCGUCAAGGCAGCCAAGCGCAGACACUUCGAGGCCUACAAUCGCAUUGCGCAAGAGCAUGCAAGCCACACGCCCGGCCAAGCGUCUCUGGCAGCUGCUCCACACGCCAGCGCCGCUGUGGCUCAUGCCACACAGAAGCAUCUGAGCGCCUUCGAGCGCAUCGCAGCGGAGCAUGCGGCCAUUGGGGCGCAGCAGGAGGCACAACGCCUCGCCCUGGCUGCCCAAUCGGAGCAUGGAGAGGUGGAGGAUGGACAGUAUCAUCCUUGAGCAUUCUGCAAGUAUUAACAUGCAUUCAAAUUAAAUAAAAUUUCCAAGAGCUU